CAGAAAGUCCUGGAGCUGAAGGAGGAUUUGAAGCCGGUCCCCGCUGGCCCUGCGGAGCAGCAGCCGCUCUUGCCUCGCUCAGAGGAACUAAGCUAUUCUUGUAGUGUCCCAUAGAAUUUCCCAGUCUUCUUCCUCUGGUUCUGAGUCUGCUCCUCCGCGUGGCACCUUGGAGUUUCUAGCUGGCACCAUUACCUCCAACGAGUGGAGUUCUCCCACCUCCCCUGAGGGGAGCAACGACUCGGGGGGCAGCGAGGCCUUGGACAAACCCAUCGACAAUGACGCCGAGGGCGUGUGGAGCCCGGACAUCGAGCAGAGCUUCCAGGAAGCGCUAGCCAUCUACCCGCCAUGCGGCCGCCGCAAGAUUAUCUUGUCAGACGAGGGCAAGAUGUACGGCCGAAAUGAGUUGAUUGCCCGCUAUAUUAAGCUGAGAACAGGGAAAACACGCACAAGGAAACAGGUAUCUAGCCACAUCCAGGUCCUGGCAAGGCGGAAAGCUAGAGAGAUCCAAGCCAAGCUCAAGGAUCAGGCAGCUAAAGAUAAAGCCAUGCAGAGUAUGGCUACAAUGUCAUCUGCCCAGAUUAUCUCUGCAACUGCCUUCCAUAGUAAAAUGGCCUUGCCUGGUCUCCCACGACCAGCCUACCCUGCUGUUUCUGGGUUUUGGCAAGGACCAUUGCCAGGCCAAGCUGGAUCUUCCCAGGACGUGAAACCUUUUGCUCAACAACCUUAUGCUGUACAGCCUCCGCUUCCAAUACCAGGGUUUGAGUCUCCUACUGGCCUCUCACCUUCCCCAUCAGCACCAGCUUGGCAAGGACGAAGGGUUGCUAGCUCCAAACUUUGGAUGUUAGAAUUCUCUGCAUUCUUGGAACAACAACAAGACCAAGACACAUAUAACAAACACCUGUUUGUGCACAUUGGGCAGUCAAGCCCCAGCUACAAUGACCCCUACCUCGAGGCAGUGGAUAUCCGGCAGAUCUAUGACAAGUUCCCCGAGAAGAAAGGAGGCCUGAAGGAGCUCUUUGAAAGGGGGCCAGCUAAUGCCUUCUUCCUUGUCAAAUUCUGGGCUGAUUUGAAUACCAAUAUUGAAGAUGAAUCCAGAUCUUUCUAUGGUGUUUCCAGCCAGUAUGAGAGCCCAGAAAACAUGGUCAUUACAUGUUCCACCAAAGUGUGUUCCUUUGGAAAGCAGGUGGUAGAGAAAGUAGAGACAGAGUAUGCACGUUAUGAAAAUGGACACUAUUCCUACCGCAUCCACCGCUCCCCUCUCUGCGAAUACAUGAUCAAUUUCAUCCAUAAACUCAAGCACCUUCCCGAGAAGUACAUGAUGAACAGUGUGCUGGAGAACUUCACUAUCUUACAGGUUGUGACAAACAGGGACACACAGGAGACCUUGCUGUGCAUAGCAUAUGUUUUUGAAGUAUCAACUAGUGACCACGGUGCCCAACAUCACAUCUACCGGCUGGUGAAGGACUAGAGACUCUCUGCCCUGAGUUGUCCAUGGAAUGCAUGUCUAAGAAAAAAGUCUGUGCUUGAACAACCCCUGUUCCCCCCCCAUACCAAACUGAAAAAUAAACUGCGGAUAUUGUGUAUUUUCAGAAAAGUA